AGCGGCAAAGGGUAUCGCAGUCUGUCAGAGAGCCGGCAGCCCGCAACGCGAGAGUUGCUGCCGAGUUAAUUCGAGUUUGAGUAUCGUUGAUUGAAACAUAGGGGGGAAGAGACAUUUGUGAAUCGUAGUAAAGAAUUCGUUAUUACCCGUCUUUAGAUAAAAGGAACAUUUCGUCUUCGAUCUACGUUUAGUGUCGCUGUGUCUUACGACGGUUCUCUCUCGCAGCACCCUCUUGACCAUCGUAUUUGCAAACUACUUGGUCUUCUGUCGCUCUCCAUUUGUCCCUCUUCUGUUCCUAUUUUUUUCUUUUUUUUUCGUUCUCUCUCUUUCUCUUUCUCUCGUUUUCUUCUUUUUUUUAAUGCAUCGUAAACGAAAAAGUUGAUUUCAAGAGACAUAUUGUUAACAAAUCUGAUUGUUCUCUCAGUUUCCUAACUGGAUAUAUUUUGUAAAAUUGCCCUUUUCGUGGGAGGAAAAACGUUCCUGGAUAUACCACAUAUCGAGAAAUCGAAAAAUUAAAACUGGAUAAUCGUGUCACCUAACGAGCAAUGAGUACCACGGAUCCUACUGGAGAGGGCGGAGGGGGAGGGGUGACGAGUACAAUAUCACCAACAAACGUUGAACAAAAUAUAUCUCCGGUUAUACCGGUGACCGGUAGUGCGGUGCAACCAGGCUCUCAACAACAGCAUCCACCACCGUCACCACUAAGCGGUUGUUACCUUCUCGUUGUGCUUCCAGAGCCUCAUACUGCGCAGCAUAAAGAUCUCAUCUUAAACCGUCUAGCGAAAGGUUUCCUGUCAUGGGAUAAGGAUAGCUGUCAUGUAGAUUUAGAAAAAGAAUUAUUGGCAUUGGUGGCACAAGCUCCCGAGGGAGAAGAAGCUAGAAAUGGCGAACGACUGAUUCAAUACGCUACAGAAAACCUCGUUACCGAGGUUUUGAUUCACCCGCAAACGAACACAUUAUUGCAAUGUAUUCGUAAUCUUCUCGCAAGUUUCACGAAACACCGGCAUAUUAUACACGCUGGCUAUACCUUCGGUGGAAAUGGUUCCUGGAUACUGCAAGAUGGAACCUUUAGCCUCGCCGAUUUUCUGGACGCCUUCAGUGAGCACGAAGUGCAAAGAGUUCUUCGAGCGUAUGAGAACAGCGUGACGGUAGACAUUCAUUGCGCGAGCGUUGGCGAUUGGACGACGAACAGAUUGUCCAAAGAGGCUUGCACCAGAGCGUGCAGAGUCCGAGUAAAUCCCGACGACGUUCUUACCGCUGGCUUGUCAGCAAUUACCAGUUUUACAAAUUACGUUGGACAAUAUCUCGUUGCCCAAACGUUGGACCAAUUGAUGGAACCGUCCGAUGUUGUAGGCAACAUAAGAUUUAGUCAUCCAACAUUAUACGUCUUCCCCGGUGGCCAAGGUGAUGCCGCCCUCUUUGGCAUAAACGGUUUUAACAUGUUGGUCGACGGUGGUUUCGCCAGAAAAGCCUGUUUUUGGGACUUUACCAGGCAUCUGGACCGACUUGACGCGGUCUUAGUUACUAGAAUAAAUAAUAGUAAUGUCGGAGGCAUGUCGAGUGUUCUUCGUAAAAAGAAGGAGAUGCACGUUUAUCCUCAGAUUGGACACUUUUUCUGUAAUCUAGUCGAGAGAAGACAAUCCAAUUCACCGGAUGGGAACAAAGAUAUCGAUCCUCUGAUCCUUAAUCUAACCGACAUUGGCCAAGAAAUGGUCGUUAAUCUACGUCACAUCAACUUGCGAGCGCAUCCAUGCUACAGGGAUCCGGACCCGAUCAAUCUUUACCAUAAAGUGGGCCACGGCACAUUGGACAUGUACGUGCUAAGCCCGAACAAGGACAGCCGCGAAGUGAGAGAAUUUCUUGCCAAAUGGCACACCUCGGACUCGAAAUUAUUCUCCGGCUCCCACAAAAAAGACUCGAACAAUUUAACGUUCCCGAUUCAGAAUCUGGUCUCGAUAUGCGCAAUGCUCGUUUGGCAACCUGCCAAUCCCGAGGACACUAUCACGAGAAUCCUGUUCCCCGGCAGUACCCCCCAGCUCAAGAUUUUCGAAGGAUUCGAACGAUUGAAGCAUCUCGAGUUUCUCAAGCAUCCCGUAUGCUCGGCGAAAAGCCUUUCCCCAUCCGCCUCGUUGGCGACCUUGCGUGACAAACCGGCCAAGCAAAAGUUCAGCCUCAUAACCGACAAAGAGCCGGCGAAGAAGAUAGUGGAGGCGAAGAAGGAGAAGAAAGAGUCGCCGGAGAUGAAAGUGAGCGGGGAGGAUUUGCCAGCCCGCGUAGCGCAGGGCACACCCAUCAUACCCACUAAACCGCAACCGGUCAAACCCGAGGCGAAGACCAAAAAAGCGUUGGAGAACAAGAAGAUAGAGGUGGAGAUAAAGGACGUGAAGGAGAGGAAGGAGCAAAAGGCGGAGAAGGAGGCGAAGAAGGAGAUUAUAAAGAAGGAGAUUGGAAAAAUAGAGAAGCUCGAGAAAGAGGAAAAACGGGAGGAAGAGAUUCAGAGGAAGCCUAUCGAGACUAGGCAGGAGGCUGAAAAAAUAAUCGCGCCCCCCGCGAUUAAGGAGGCGAAACCGAGGAAGAAAGAGGCGAAGAGCGCGAAGCCCGCGAAAAUAGACUCGACGCCAAAACCGAGGAUCACCGAGACGAAGAAAGCGAAACAAUCCCCCGUGGAGAAGAAGGAAACGGGCGUGAUCAAAUCGUCGCCGACCACCCCCAAGAAGACCAUGAACGGUGUAGCGACUAAAACGGAAAUAUCGAAGGCGGUGAAAAAGAUGCCGCCUGUUCACAAGAUCGAGAUCGCCCCUCCGGCGAAAAGCACGAAGGACGCGAACAACAGGAAGGUGGUGGAGCAGAAGAAGUCGGCGAUAAAGGAAACGGGUGUAACAGCCGCGGUCAAAGUGACGGCGAAACCGAAGCCAAUGGACAGAAAGCCGAUAGGGCGAAGGAAGCCUGUCAGUCCGAGCAAAGUACGGGUGUCAGGCAGCCCCGCGAAAUCGACUCGAAGCACGCCAACGACUUCCGUUAAAUCCGAUAAGGAUGGUGUCGUUGCUCGCAAGGCGAAGGGGGAGAAGGGGACCGCCGACUCGUCCACAGUAUCCACGCCGUCAGGGAUCGAGGCCGAGGCGGGUGGCAGACUGGCCGAGAAGAGCUUGAUGGAACAAUCGGAGGACAUUUCGUUGGACUCGAUCGAGAGCAAGGUGCUGGCCGAUCUGAAAGAGGAACGGGAGGUCGUGGAGGAGAUCGAGGCCGUCCUCCAGAAGGCGGAACGUAUCGAGGAGACGAGGAAAGAUGAUCGUUCCGAGGGGGAUGAUGAAAUUACCGCCGAGCUUACCGACAAGAAAGAGGAGGAUAUCACGGAUGAUGACAUAAUUGAACCCGAUAUGGAGGAAGCAUUGAAGAGGGAGAUGAUCGACGAAUAUUUGAUCGUCGAGAAGGAGGAGGAUUAUAUCGAGGACUCUACCCAGAGCGGGGAGGGUGAGCAGAAACAUAUCUUGGACGAGGCUGAGUCGGAGAAGGCGAAGAUGCUGAAGGAUAUGGAACAGGUGAAGGAGAAAGGGGAGGAGGAGGAAGUCGAGGAAAAGGAGAGGGACGAGAGCGUGGUGGUGGAGAAGCGGGAGAAAGAGGAGGAAGAGAAAGUGGUGGAGACGUUGAGGAUCGAGGAAGAGGAGGCGGAGCCUAUCGAUCUGUCGCCGGAUCGAAGGGAGCAAUUGGAGGAGGAGGUGAAGGAUAUAAUCGCUACCGCGGCGGAAACGAUACAGCAGAAGCCUGAGGAAAAGGACGAUUCUGGGAAGAAGGAUAGCGAGGACGUCACGAAGGAGCCGUCCAGUUUGAGCCCGGACAAAUUGGACUCGUCCGAGAAGAAAACUACCGAUACCGACAUGAAGCCUGAAGUUGACCAAAAGGAACAAAUCCCCGAAAAAUUGGAAGAAUCGCAAGAACGGAUUUCUACGUUGGAAUCUGGCGCCACAACGACAGCCCCAACGCUUCCCGAGGACGAGCGUAUACCGCUCGAUGAGAUAAAAGAAGAUAUCGAUGAAAAACACAUCAUCGAGGAAGUGAAGGAGAAAGACGUGAUACCGAAGGUUAAGGAAGAAGAGGUCGCUGCUGCUGCUUCGCGAAUUGUACCUCUCACGGUAACCACUAAGCCGGACGUUCACGUGUUCGACAUCCGGCAAGCUGUGCAACGAGAUAUCGUGAAAACUCCGGACGAGGUUGCCGAUCUGCCUGUCCACGAGGAGGUGGAUCCCAAGUUGUACAGAAUAGAAGACUUUGAGAAGGACAAAGAGGAAAAGCUGACAUUGCCACAGCCGCAGGCGCAACAAGAACAGAAGCCUGAACAGAAACCGGAACAAGAACCGCCCACUCCACCGGUUAAGGAGCAAAAAGGUGUUUUCAGUUUCUUCGGCAAGGUUGCCGAUAAAUUUGAGAAGGGUAUCGAUAAGUUGACUAAAAAAUCUAAGAAGGAGCAAGAGAAAGAUGUUGACGAAAAAUCUUCAUCCAAGUCAAGCUCUCCUAAAGAAGCUAAGGUAGAGAAAACUGUUCUUGAAGAGGUAGAUAUGGAGAAAAUGUUCCCCAAAGUAGGCAAACCUAGUGAAAAAGCUCAAGAAGUUACGGUAACUGAAGUAGAACGGAAGGUUAGCGAUGCAAAGAUUUCACCGGCUGUUGAAGAAAUUGUCGCGAAGGAACGAGUCGUCGAGGAUGUUUCCAUACCAGAACCGGAGGAAGCAAAGCCCGAGAUUAAGGAGAAACCGAGUGAAAUUGAGGUUGAAGAGAAGGAGGAAGAAGUCGCUGCGCCUAAACCUGUCGAUGAAAAAAUUGUGAUAAAAGAAGACGUGAAAGUGAGUGAAGUUCAGCCGAAAGAAGUCGCGUUGGACGAGAGGAAAGAGGAAAUAACAGAGAUCGAUACCAAGAUUAGGAAGGAAGAGGAGGUUGGAGAAGAAGUCGAGGAAGACGCGGAAGAGAUAAAAGCCUUGCUGGAAGAAGCUUCGAAGAAAUUUAAGACGGUGAAGGAUAGCCUGAGAGACUCGUUGGAGUCGUUAGAAGAAAAGAUCGAAGAAGAAACUGUCGACCUAACGCGAGAAGUACCACUAGUGAAAGAUGUCGUUAAAGACACGUUGGAAGGUGUAGUGGAAAAAUUGGAAGCGAUAAAACCACAGAUCGAAAGCAUAUCGCCCGAAACUAAAGAACCGGAGAAAGUAAAAUUCGAAAUACCAAAAGAGGAAGAUUGGGAACCAGUGCCUACUAAAGACGUUAAAGAGGCCGUUCGAGAUGUUGGCGAAGUCCUCGCUGGUACAGCUGGCAUAGAUAUCGAGGAAAAACCAAAAGAUGUCAUUGAAAUCGUGCGUAAAGUUGCUCAAGUUUUAAAAGAAGACGAUUUAUUUUCGGACAAAACGUUAUUCGAAGAACCGAUCAAAAAAGAGGAAGUAUCACCUACUGCCGCUAAAACUAAAUCACCAGUUUCUGAAGGCGAAGGCGUCGAAUCGCCUGAAAAAUUAACCACAAUCGAAGAUAAAAUUGCUGUAAUACCGACGAAAGUCGGUAUCACGGAAGAGAUUUCUUAUCAGGAGGAAGCCGAAGAACUUGUUGAAGUGCACGAGGAACCUUGCGUGAAAAUGGUUAAGAAAAUCGAGGAGAUUACGUCUCCGGAAAAGAAACCGGAGGAUAAACGUGACGUUAAAGAAAUUUGCGAAGAGAUGUUGAAAGAGGAUGAAAAACCGAUAAAGGAGCCGGUUGUUUCAGAUAAGGAAGUUGUUUCUCCGAAAGUGGAUGUAAUGGAAGCUGGAUUAGAGGACGUAUACGUGAAAGAAACCGCGAGAAAAUCGAUCGAUGAAGCACAAAUUGGAACAGGGGUAGAAGAGUCGGUGAUAGGUUUCGAUCAAAAGAUUUCUCCCGCGAAGGCAGAGAUCGUGAUGGUCUCUCCAGGUUCGACGCCAACAUCGCCCAAAUUCGUAACGGAUAAAGAGGCCAAAGUAGACGCGAGUGAAGAAAUUGCUACCUCAAUUGAAUUGCCGUCCGAAGUUAGAGUGAUCAUCGAUAAAGUUGAUCGCAUGAUAGAAGAGAUAAUCGAAGAGCUUGUAUUGAAGAAGAAGAGAAUUACGAUCGAGAUUGUAGAAUAUAUAACAAUCGUGAAACGUGUUCCAAAAGAGCGUGUGAUUUAUAUUAUCGAAGAGAUUAUCAUACGGAAAGGACUUUCGAAGGAGGAUGUUGUCGAUAACGUUGAUAUUUUGAAACUCGAAUCGAUUACUCCACGAUUGCAAAUGGAACUCGAGGAAUAUAUCAUUAGUGAAUAUAUGAAAAAAGGGAAAUGUAUAACCAUUGAAAUCGUGGAGGAAAUUUCUGUGAGAAAAACUGUACCGAAAACGAUUAUCAUUCGUAUUAUUCAGGAAAUUAUCAUUCAAAAAUUAAUCGAUGUUCCUACUAAAGAUCUAUUUGAUUCGCAGAUAGAACAGAUUAUUCUUAAACAAAAGAAAGAAGAAAAAAAGGAAGAAAUAGAAAAAGUGGAAAAGAAAGAGAUCGAAAAGGAAAAAGAAGAGGAAGAAAAAGAAAAAGAAAUUACAGAAAUCACAAAAGAACCAAAGGAAGUACUAUCGCCAAUCGAUAAAGUAUCUGUCGCGAAAUUAGAUAAAGAAAAAGAAGAGAAAGCACUCAAAGCAGAACUCGACUUGAAGAAAAAGGAAGAGGUCGAAGAAGAAGAGGAGGAAGAAGAAGAAGUAGAAGAAGAUGGUUUUGUUAGUAUUGGUAAAAAAAUUUCGAAAGAAGAGAUACAAAUUAAAGAACAAAUAAUUCCAAAAGAAAAAGACAUUACCGAUGAUUUUGAAGCUGUUGAACAAGAAUAUAAAGUAGGUGAAGUAACGGUUACUUCGCUAGAAGACACAUCGCGGAUUAUUUCGCCAAAAUCGGAUGAAUCGAGGGAACGAGAAUACGCUGAAGAAGCUGUCGAAGACGUAAUAAGCGAAGUUAUUGAGGCUGAUGAAAAGUUUGUUCAUGAGACGAAAGAGAAAAUAGAGAAAAAAGAAUUAGACAUAGAUGUUGACAAAGUACAAUUUGUUAAAUUGGAUAAAGAAGAAAUGGAAAAAAAAGAAGCUAAAGAAUUGACUAAGACGAUAGAAAUAGCAAAAGAAAUGGAACCUCUCGAUACAACAGAAAAAUAUUUAGACGAAGCUAAAGAGAAAAAGGAAGAAAAAAUUAUUGACAAAACAAUAGCAAAAAAAUUAAUCGAAGAAACACCGAAAGUAACUACACUUCAAAUUGAAAAAGAAGAAAGAAAACCUCAACAAGAGAAAGAAUUAAAAAUAGAAGAGAAAAAAGAAGAAAAGAAACCCAAAGAGGAAGAAAAAGAAUUAAAGAUUGAGGACAAAAAAGAAGAAAAGGAACCAGCAAAAGAAGAGAAAGACUUAAAGCUGGAGGAGAAGAAAGAAGAAAAGGAAGCUGCAAUAGAAGAAAAAGAAUUAAAGAUUGAAGAUAAGAAAGAAGAAAAGGAACUUGCAUUAGAAGAAAAAGAAAUAAAGCUAGAGGAGAAGAAAGAAGAAAAGGAACUUGCAUUAGAAGAAAAAGGAAUAAAGCUAGAGGAGAAGAAAGAAGAAAAGAAACCCACAGAAGAAGAAAAAGAAUUAAAAGUAGAGGAAAAGAAAAAGAAGGAAGAAAAGAAACCCGCAGAGGAGGAAAAAGAAAUAAAGAUUGAGGAGAAGAAAGAAGAAAUAAAAUUAGUAGAAUCGUUACCUGAGUUAAAAUCUACCGUCGAGGAAGAAAAACUUGAUAAAGACGAAAAAAUUAAAACUCCAGAGAUAGUAAAAGAAGAGAAACCAGAAGAUAAGAAGGAGAUAAUUAAGGAGAAAUCUCCAGAGAAAAUAGUUAAAACCGAAAUUGAAUCAAUUAAAGAUAUCAUCGAUCGUAAACCAAGUAUCGAGGAAUUAGCUAAAGUAGAAAAAAUAUCUCCAAAAUUGGAAAAAAUUGAAGAUGAAAAACAAAUUGUUCCAGAAGAUCUAUCCUUAAUUAAGGAACGAAAACAAGAACAGGAACGUAUCGAUUUAAGUAUAGAAGCACAGGUAGAAGAAAUAAAGGAGAAGAAACCAGAAAUCGGAGAAGACAUUGGAUCUGUUCGGCGAAUGUUGGUCACAGCGAGUAGCGAAGACGGUGGACAGGAAACGGAAAUUUGUGCAGCCGGUACUAUCGCAUUUCAAAAAGCUAUUACACCCGAAGAUUCUCUUAAAGAUACAUCUAUCAAGACAACACCUGAUAAAGAUUCUUUGCUUUUAGAUAAGGACUCUCUGCAUUCGGAAAUAAGUAGCCCAGAAAAGGACAGUAUUUCCGAAAAGUCAUUGCCAAAAGACAUUGGAAAAAUAACGCCCGAAGACAGUUUGGAUAAAUCUCCAAUCGAUACACGUGAUUCGCGCGAUCUCGAGGAUAGUUUGGAGAAAGGUAAACCGAAGGAGGCGGAUAGUAGCACUUCUCCAUCUGUUAUGGACAUAGAAACUCCCAAAUCUCCAUUACAACAGAAACAAAUUGAGGAUUUGGCUAAAGUAAAACCUGACAUUACUGAGAAAGAAGAAUUGCAUGAAAAAAUUGUUGAAGAUCAUUUACAAAAGUCUAAGGAAGAAACUGAUAAAAAAAUGCUUGAAAUAAGUGCAUUAAAAUCAUCCGAAUCGAUUCGAUCGGAGGAUGUUUCACCAGCAGAAACCAUUUUUGCGAAAUCACCCACGGAAAAAUUAAAAGAACCGAGCAAAAUUCCAAUCGAUACAAAAGAGGUAGAACCGGCAAAAUUAAUUUUAGAAACAGAAACCAUAACAAAGCGAGUUGAAGAAAUUAGCCAAGAGAUUCGUGAAAUUGAAGUGAAAAAAGAUGAAAAAGAAGAAGUGUGUGUGUCGCGUGAAAAGAGUGAAUCACCAAAAGAGGAAUCAAUUAUCGAACCUGCCAAAAUAGAGGAAAAAGAAUUAAUCACAGAUCACAAAUUAGAAAUCUCUACUGACCAAGAUAAAAUAGAAAAGAAAAAUGAUUUGCGGGAGAUAAGCGAAGUUAAAAUGAAAGAAGAGAAACUGAAAGAUUUAGAAACAAAAAUUCUUGAUGAAUCAAAAAUACUUGAGGAUAAAAUAUCCUCUGAUAUUAAACAGACUGAUAUUAUUGAUAAGGAUAAGCUUCCAAUUGUAGAUGUUGAUAAAUCUAAAGUGGAAAUACAUACAUUAACAAAAUUAGAUACUACAACAAUUGUAACUGAUAAAGAGCUAAGUAUUAGUGAUGAAAAGAUCAAAGAACCAAUCGAUACAUUAAAAUCAACUUUUGUUACAGAUACUACAUCAACUACAGAAAAACCAAAAUCUCCCAUUAUAACAGAAAAGAUUCAAGAACUUGAUAUCACGGACAAAGAAAUAGUUUCUCCCAAAGAAGAAGAAAUGAAAAUGAAGGAGAAAGUAGAUAUAGAAAAGCACGUUAUUGAAAAAAUUGAGAAAGUCGAAGAAGAAAUGAAGCCCGAAAGUAUACCAAUAGAAACAAAGGCAGUGAUCGAUGUAUCGAAACGAGCUAGUAUUACAAGUGAAAUUCAUGUUGUAACAGAGGCUGAAACUAAGGUAAUCGACAAAUCUAAAUCACCAAGUGAAAUAGAUGAAACAGAAGUUAAAACAAGAUCGCCCAGCAUUGCUGGUGAUAUCGAAGAUUCGAAAGAAGCAGAAGCAAUAAGUAUUGAUAAAUCUAGAACGCCUAGUGUAACAAGUGUUACAGCAGAGCCAAAGGAGGUAUCCGAAAAAUCAAAAUCGCCCAGUAUUGCUCGAGAUGAACCCGAUUUAAAAGAUAUAGAGACAAAAGAAAUUGAAAAAUCAAGAUCUCCUAGUGUAACAAGUAUUCCUACAGAAGAAAAGAAAAUAAUGGAUAAAUCAAAAACACCUAGUCCUGAAGAAGAGCCAGAUUUAAAAGACAUUGAAAAAUCUAGAACACCAAGUGUAAUUAGUGUUCCAGCAGAAGUUAAAGAAACAAUAGAAAAGUCACCUAGCGUUUCUGGUGAAGAACCAGAAUUAAAGGAUGUUGAUACAAAAGAAAUUGAAAAAUCUAGAUCUCCUAGUGUAACAGCAGAAAUAAAAGACGUUGAUAUGAAAGAAAUAGAAAAAUCCAGAUCUCCAAGCGUAACAAGCACUACAACAGAAGUAAAAGAACCAUCAGAUAAAUCAAAAUCACCCAGUAUUGCUGGUGAAAUUGUUGAUUUGAAAGAUGUUGAUAAAAAAGAAAUUGAAAAGUCAAGAUCUCCCAGCGUAACAAGUAUCACAGCAGAAGAGAAAGAGCCAUCAGAUAAAUCAAAGUCUCCCAGUGUUGCUGGAGAAAAGCCAGAAUUAAAGGAUGUCGAGAUAAAAGAUAAAGAAAAAUCUAGAUCUCCAAGUGUAACAAGUGUUACUGGAGAGCCAAAAGAGUUAUCAGAUAAAUCAAAGUCGCCCAGUGUUGCUGGUGAAGAGCCAGAAUUAAAAGAUGUCGAAAUAAAAGACGUAGAAAAAUCCAGAUCUCCAAGUGUAACAGCAGAAAUAAAAGACGUCGACAUGAAAGAAAUAGAAAAGUCCAGAUCUCCCAGCGUAACAAGCACUACAGCAGAAGUAAAAGAACCAUCAGAUAAAUCAAAGUCACCCAGUCUUAUUGAUGAAAUUGUUGAUUUGAAAGAUGUUGAUAAAAAAGAAAUUGAAAAAUCAAGAUCCCCCAGUGUAACAAGUGUCACAGCAGAAGAAAAAGAGCCAUCAGAUAAAUCAAAAUCUCCCAGUGUUGCUGAAGAAAAACCAGAAUUAAAGGAUGUCGAAAUAAAAGACAUAGAAAAAUCCAGAUCUCCAAGUGUAACAAGUGUUAUUACGGAACCGAAAGAACCAUCAGAUAAAUCAAAAUCGCCCAGUGUUGCUGGUGAAGAGGCAGAAUUAAAGGAUGUUGAAGUAAAAGACAUAGAAAAAUCCAGAUCUCCAAGUGUAACGAGUGUUAUUGCGGAACCGAAAGAACCAUCAGAUAAAUCAAAGUCUCCCAGUGUUGCUGAUGAAAAGCCAGAAUUAAAAGAUGUUGAGAUAAAAGGUGUAGAAAAAUCCAGAUCUCCAAGUGUAACGAGUGUUACUGCGGAACCAAAAGAAUCGUCGGAUAAAUCAAAGUCGCCCAGUGUUACUGGUGAAGAACCACAAUUAAAGGAUGUCGAGAUAAAAGAUAAAGAAAAAUCCAGGUCUCCAAGUGUAACGAGUGUUACUGUCGAAUCAAAAGAACCAUCAGAUAAAUCAAAAUCGCCCAGUGUUGCUGGUGAAGAACCAGAAUUAAAAGAUGUUGAGGUAAAAGAUGUAGAAAAAUCCAGAUCUCCAAGUAUUAUUGCAGAACCGAAGGAACCAUCAGAUAAGUCAAAAUCACCUAGUGUUGCUAGCGAAGUUGCUGAAUUGAAAGAUGUUGAUAUAAAAGAAAUCGAAAAAUCGAGGACUCCUAGCAUCACAAGUGCUCCAACAGAAGUUAAGGAAUUAUCAGAUAAAUCAAAAUCGCCAAGUGUUACUGGUGAAGAACCAGAAUUAAAGGAUGUUGAUACGAAGGAGAUUGAAAAAUCCAGGUCUCCAAGUGUUACGAGUAUCACAGCAGAAACAAAAGAACCAACGGAUAAAUCAAAAUCUCCCAGUGUUGCAGGUGAAAUUGCUGAAAUGAAAGACGUUGAUACAAAGGAAAUUGAAAAAUCUAGAUCUCCCAGUGUAACAAGUGUCACUACAGAAACAAAAGAACCAUCAGAUAAAUCAAAGUCUCCCAGUGUUACUGAUGAAGUUGCUGAAUUAAAAGAUGUUGAUACAAAAGAAAUUGAAAAAUCCAGAUCUCCAAGUGUAACUAGUGUCACAGCAGAAACAAAAGAACCAAUGGAUAAAUCAAAAUCGCCUAGUAUUGCUGGUGAAGUUAUUGAUCUGAAAGAUGUUGAUAAAAAAGAAAUUGAAAAGUCAAGAUCUCCUAGUACAACAAGUAUUACAACAGAAGUGAAAGAAUCAUCAGAUAAAUCAAAGUCUCCUAGUGUUACUGAUGAAGUUGCUGAAUUAAAAGAUGUUGAUACAAAAGAGAUUGAAAAAUCUAGAUCUCCCAGUGUAACAAGCAUCACAGCAGAAACAAAAGAACCAAUUGAUAAAUCAAAAUCUCCCAGUGUUACUGAUGAAGUUGCUGAAUUGAAAGAUGUUGAUACAAAGGAGAUUGAAAAAUCCAGGUCUCCAAGUGUAACAAGUGUCACAGCAGAAACAAAAGAACCAAUGGAUAAAUCAAAAUCUCCCAGUAUUACUGACGAAGUUGCUGAAUUGAAAGAUGUUGAUACAAAGGAGAUUGAAAAGUCGAGGUCUCCAAGUGUAACGAGUGUCACAGCAGAAACAAAAGAACCAACGGAUAAAUCAAAGUCUCCAAGUGUUACUGAUGAAGUUGCUGAAUUCAAAGACGUUGAUACAAAGGAGAUUGAAAAGUCGAGGUCUCCCAGCGUAACAAGCGUCACAGCAGAAACAAAAGAACCAACGGAUAAAUCAAAGUCUCCAAGUGUUACUGAAGAAGUUGUUGAAUUAAAAGACAUUGAUACAAAGGAGAUUGAAAAAUCUAGAUCUCCCAGUGUAACAAGUGUCACUGCAGAAACAAAAGAGACAUCAGAUAAAUCAAAGUCUCCCAGUGUUGCUGGUGAAAAGCCAGAACUAAAAGAUGUUGAGGUAAAAGACGUAGCAAAAUCCAGAUCUCCCAGUGUAACGAGUGUUACUGCGGAAGCGAAAGAACCAUCGGAUAAAUCGAAGUCACCCAGUGUUUCUAGUGAUGUCGCCGAAUUAAAAGAUGUCGAUACAAAAGAUAUUGAAAAAGCCAGCUCUCCCCGCGUGGCGAGAGUCACAACAGAAGUGAAAGAAUCAUCCGAUAAAUCAAAGUCACCGAGUGUUGCUGGGGAAGAGCCAGAGUUAAAGGAGAUUGACUCGAAAGAACUGGAAAAGUCGAGGUCUCCCAGCGUAACGAGUGUCACAACAGAAGUGAAAGAGCCAUCGGAUAACUCAAAGUCACCGAGUGUUGCUGGGGAAGAGCCAGAGUUAAAGGAGAUUGACUCGAAAGAACUGGAAAAGUCGAGGUCUCCCAGCGUAACGAGUGUCACAACAGAAGUGAAAGAGCCAUCGGAUAACUCAAAGUCACCGAGUGUUGCUGGGGAAGAGCCAGAGUUAAAGGAGAUUGACUCGAAAGAACUGGAAAAGUCGAGGUCUCCCAGCGUAACGAGUGUCACAACAGAAGUGAAAGAGCCAUCGGAUAAAUCAAAGUCACCGAGUGUUGUUGGGGAAGAGCCAGAAUUAAAGGAUAUUGACAUGAAAGACAUAGAUAAAUCCAGAUCUCCCAGUGUAACUAGUGUCACAGCAGAAGUCAAAGAAUCAUCGGACAAAUCAAAGACACCCAGCGUUGCUGAUGAAGAACCUGAUUUUAAGGAUGUAAAACGUAUUGAAAAAUCUCCAAGCACGGUGAGUGUUGCAAGUGAACAGAAAGAACCAGCCGAUAAAUCAAAAUCGCCCAGUGUCGUUGGUGAAGAACUAGAUUUAAAGGACGUAAAAGAUAUUGAAAAAUCUAGAUCUUCGAGUGUCACUACAGAACCGAAAGAGGCCUUCGAUAAAUCAAAGUCGCCCAGUAUUGCUGGUGAUGUUACCGAUUUGAAAGAUGUCGAUACAAAAGAUAUAGAAAAAUCUAGAUCUCCGAGCCUAACAAGCGAAAUAACAGAUCAGAAGGGAACAGAAAUUAAAUCAAAAUCUCCUAGCGUCGCAGAAGAAUCAAUUGAUUUGAAGGAUGUUGAUAUGAAAGAUGUUAAAAAAUCUAGAUCUCCGAGCGUGACAAGUAGUAUAACAGAAACGAAACUGGCUGUGGAUAAAUCAAAAUCGCCUAGUGUCGCCGGUGAUGUUGUCGAUAUGAAAGAUAUCGACGUUAAAGAUAUUGAAAAGUCUAGAUCUCCUAGCGUAACAAGCAUCACAGCAGAAACGAGAGAACCAUCGGAUAAAUCAAAAUCGCCUAGCAUAACUGGAGAUGUCCCUGAUUUGAAGGACGUUGACGCAAAAGGUAUCGAAAAAUCGAGAUCUCCAAGUGCGACAAGUGUUACGGAAUCGAAAGAACCUUUAGAAAAAUCGAAAUCCCCUAGCAUUGCUAGCGAAGCGCCCGAUGAUAUCCCUACAAAAGAAAAAUCUAAAUCUCCCAGCGUAUCUCCUAGCGCUCUAACAGAGACAAAAGAUAUACCGAAAUCACCAAGUGUUGUCAGCGAUACCGAUUCGAAAGAUAUCGAAGCGAAGACUGUAGAAAAAUCUAGGUCCCCUAGUGUAACCAGUGUCGUUACGGAACAAAAGGAGGUAGCGGAUAAAAGACCUAGUAUUGUUGGCGAUUUAACCGAUUUGAAAGAUAUUGAAAAAUCGAGAUCUCCAAGUGUAACUGGUAUCACGACGGAACCAAAAGAUGCAGCGGAGUCCAAGUCCAAAUCGCCUAGCAUUGCUGGUGAUACACCGGCAGAUCUGAAAGAUAUCGAUAAAUCUAGAUCUCCCAGUGUAACAAGCGUAGUUACGGAAACAAGAGAUGCAUUAGAUAAGUCGAAAUCUCCCAGUGUUGCGGGUGACGUGAAGGAUAUCGAGAAAUCCAAGUCCCCGAGUGAAACGAGUUCACCGACGGAGAUCAAAGAUGCAUCGGUUAAAUCGAAAUCGCCCGAUAUCGCUGAGCACGAUGUUGAUUCGACUUCUGAUUUAAAGAGAUCGGUUGAUGUAUCGCCCACGUCCAUUUUGGAUUUACGAAUUAGCGACAGAAGGAAACGUUCGAUUUCGUCGGACGUUCCCGAUAAAAAGGAAAUUUCGAAGUUCCCUGGUGACGAGAUAAAAGAUAAAUCUGUGUCGCCUGUCGAUAAAACAGACGCGAUUGAAAAGUCUAAGGACAUGGUGUGCACAGUACCAUCGUCACGCGAUGUAACGGGCAGGGAAGAGUCGUUCGUUUCUCGUAAAUCAAUAUCACCGGAAUUGGGUGAGAAAAUCGAUGAUAAGGAUAGAAUAUUGGGUGAAAGUGUCGAUCGAUUGAAAGAGGAGCGGAAGGGGGAUAUAACGGCCGAUAAGGAAGAAAAUAUCACAAGAUAUAUCUUAGAGGAAUAUAUAAAUAAGGGAAGAAAAAUUACAACGUACGUGAUAGAAGAGAUAAUUAGGACUUAUUCGGUGUCGGAGUUUAUAGUGAUGAAUAUCAUCGAAACGAUCAUUAUGACGAGAAAGAUACGCAGAGAUUCGAUUUUAGAAAUUGCCGAGCAUAAAAGAUCGGAGGACGAAGCGAAAGUGGCGCGAGGCAAAGACGCGACAAAAGACACGAGCGAGGGUUCCAUAAGCUCGAGCUUGAGUUCAGAGCUGAUCGCUUCCGACAAAUCCACCCAGGACAGCCCUGCGCGCUCCGAUCCCCACAUCGACGAGGAGGUAUCGAUCUCGGAAGAGAAGAGGGUUGAGAUGGAGAGAUUUUUGGAGGAGGAUUACAUCAAACAGGGAAGAAGGAUCACCGAAGAAAUACUGGAAGAGAUCACUGUAAGGACAUCUCUGCCCCGAUACAUCAUUCUAGAAAUAAUCGAGGAGAUAAUUUUGAAGAAGAAACUUGUCCGAGAAUCCAUAAUUGACUCGGAGAUCGACUAUCAAGAGGACGAGGAGGGUGAAGACAGUUACGCCAAGGACGGCUUCCGUUACGAAAAAUCACCAUCCCCUCGAUACGAAGAAAGAAAAUUGUCUUACGAUUACAAGGCAUCCGAAUAUCCAAGAAUACAGCAACAAGGGACGCAAAUGGACGCGUCGAUAUCUGAUUACACGGUCGGCCAAUACGAGAGCCAAUUUCACAAAGCGUUCGUCGGCGGGGUGACGGAGAUACGAACCACUCACAUCACGACGCUCUCGGGCAAGUCAACGCCGGAUAUGACCCGAGACGAGACACCCGACUCGAUCUCGGAACCCACAGCCUCCACGGUGGAGAAAAUGGAGGAGAAAUCGGUUGUCGUUAAACCGUCAGACAAAGACGUUUCCAAGAUCACCUCUUCCACUAUCACCUCCACGGUGACCCAGAGGACAUCCGUCGUGGAGACGGAAGGAAAACCUGGUCAGAUAAUAUUGAAAGAGAGCAAGAUCGGUGAGCCGAUCGAGAUCGAGGAGGAAUCGGUCGAACAGCGGCCAGAAAUUUCGUCGGACGGUAAAGUGAUCGUGGUGAAGAGAAUCGUGAAGCGGGAAGUGCUCGAGGAAGAGCCAGAUACUAUUCAGAUACUUAAAGAGAGUAAAAUCGGCGAAUCGAUCAGGAAGAUGACCGAAGAAUCGUCGGAUGCAACGAGGCUGGAGAUCAAGGAAGCCGCUAUGGACGAGAAAUUAUUAUUAGGCGAGGAGGAAUCAGAAAUUUCACCAGACGGUAAGGUUAUCAUAGUGAAGAAGAUCGUGAAACGUGAGAUCGUUCCGGAGGAUGAGAUCGAAGAUUUAAAAACGAUUAAAGAGAUUACGAGCAAGGAAAUAACGAUCCCGGAUACGGUCGAGACGGUGAGAAAGGAGACGAAACAAAUUGUGAUCACCGGGGACGCGUUGUCCGAUGGUAAGGUAAGCUUGUCAGAUGCUGAGAAACUGUUGACCGGCCACAAAUUAUCCGACAUCGUAACGAGCACACGCGCCGACGUGAAGGUGACGACAACGAUCACGAAGGUGGAUGAGAGCGAUAUUUCGACCACCGACGAGAAAACGACGAUCAAGGAAACCGUGAUCAGGGAAACCUUGGGGAAAGACACUGCGAGAAAGCAGGAGAAGGAAGAGAAACGGAUGGACGAGGAGGGAGGGACGAAGAAACUGGAGGCGGAAGUAAAAACGGAGAAACGCCCGGUAUCCCCUCACGUGCGCGACAUUGCCUCCGAUAUCGGUGGCGUACCAUCCGGGAGAUCCACACCCGACAGAAGAUCCGAGGGCAGAUCGUUGACGGGGACCCCCGAAGGAUUCAGAUCAGGCGAGGUGAUCCGAACGAUCAUCACCACUACGAAGACGGUGUCCGACGACGGAGAGAUCGUGACCACGACUCGAGAGGUGACGGAAACGACGAACGAAAAGGGAGAGACGGUGAUCCUGGCCGAGAAAGUGGACGUGAAGGUGGACGAGUACGUGGCAAGCAAGGAAAGCGGCAUCGACAUCCCCCUUCAUCGAUCCGCGCAGCAAGAAAAAGAGAAGGAAGGCGGUAUGACAGGGAGCCAUUACGGCGAACUGCCAACCUCGUCUCAACUCGGCAAGGGCGGGGAUCUCUCUUCGAUUUCGACGAAGGAGCAGCACAGCGACUCAUCGUACGCGUUCAAACGAUUCCUGGUGGAGAAAGAGUACGCCGGCGAUUACAAGGAGAGGCAAGACGCGAAGAGGUACAUCGACGAGGCUGGCCUCGAUUUCGAGAAAACUAUGGGGGUGGAAGGAAAGGAAUCAGCCGAGUCGCGUGGAAGGGCUGUCUCGUCGAGGUACACGAACGGCAGCGUUCGCCAGGAGGCGUCGGAUGCAAGCGACAAGGAGGACGACUCGAGGACCGAGACGAAGAAGGACCCGUUGGACGGUUGGGGAACUCCUCUCGGCCUUCCAUCCCCUGUCCCGCCUCGCAAGUUCAACCUGAAAAAUGAGAAAUCUCAACCCGGGAACAGCGACACGAGUAACAACGCGAACAAUGAGCCACGUUCCGAUACGGAGAUAAAUUUCGACGCGAUACACGAUUGGGGGGAACCGUUGAGAUUGCCCUCGCCAGCACCAGUGACCAACGAAAUUUCCAACAAGGGAGCACCGGGGACACCGAAGAAGGAGAAGAAGCAAGCGAAGAGGGUGCUGUCGGAGAACAUAAAGAACAAGAAACGUUCGGAGAGCCCGGGAAAGAACGAGAAGAAGAUGAAAGAUUCGAAGAACAAGGUGCAACCGGUUUACGUGGAUUUGACUUACGUGCCUCAUCACGGGAACUCGUAUUACACGUCGUUGGAAUUUUUCAAAAGGGUACGGGCGAGAUAUUACGUGUUCAGCGGCACAGAGCCGAGCCGCGAGGUGUACGACGCUUUGUUGGAAGCCAAAAGAUCCUGGGAGGACAAAGAUCUCGAGGUGACUAUGAUACCGACUUACGACACCGACACAUUGGGUUAUUGGGUUGCGGACAACGAGGAAGCCCUGGCCGCGAAUCACAUUGACCUUUCACCCUCGGCAUCCCGAUGCACGAUUAAUCUGCAGGACCACGAGACUAGUUGCAGUGCCUAUAGACUUGAAUUCUAGGGAUUGGCAGCCUGCUCAGCCGUAAUAGUUGAGUUCUGAGCGGUGUUCAGAGAGUGUAUUUUAUCGCUUCGUUUCUGGACUUGCCGUUUCGCGAAUUCCUUACCGUGCCUAUUAGCGGUUCAUGAAACUUUAGAAAACUUAAGGAGAGGCUACAUCGAACGACAUUGACGUGGUCGUUGUUUUACGAUCCGAAUUUCGUGCCUAAUCAUCCCAUACGAAUCGAUAUGCAGUUGUUCCUUGUUUUUUAAUGCACAGGUUAAUUGGAUCAAGAGAUACGUUAACACGAGACUAACUCUACUACGUUAUAUAAUAUGACAACAUCUAUGUGACAACAACAACAACAAAAUAUCAAAAGCAACAACAACAACGAAGACGACGGAGACGACAAGGACGAGGACGAUGACGAGGACGCGAACAAUUGCUCCUACUCUUAUCUGUUAUUUUUUUUUUCUUCUCUAUCAAUCUUCCUUUCGUUCUUAUUCGAUAAAGAUGUGCAAUGACAGUUAUAUUAAAAUGACAUUGAUCACCUCCCUUGAUACUCGUUCAUGCGACCUUUGCUGAUACGUACGAUAAACAGAUUUGGCCUGUUCUUAGUUUUUCAAACUAAGCUUAGAAAUCCAUUAGAAAACUGCGUAGAAAGAGAGAAUGCUUAUACCGAAGCUCUUCUUUGCACCGUAAACUAUUAUCUUUUUAUACACCAAUAUUCGACUCGAUUGAAAACAAUUAAAUAAAAUGUGUAGAAAAAAAAAAA